UGGUCUGAACGGGUUGUUGCUGGAAGACAUCCCAGUGAGCAGCGGGUCAUGCUGGGCAUUCUGGAGGCAGAACUGCUGCAGGUCAGCAGCAGCCUGGGACACCUGCGGAGGACAACCAACACUGUGAAUGGAACAAGCUCCUUGAGUCAGGCUGCAUUUGUCAUCAUCGGCACCAGAGCAACCACCGCUGGCACUCUCAUAAAAGAAGUGAGUGACUGUGUUUGAUUACAGCAGAUUGUUCCUUGAGCAGCCGUCAACGCCCUCGAGGAGCCGAGGGACCUCCUGCAAUUUAAGCAGGCAGAGAUCUACGGUCUCAAACAGUGGAGCUUCACUUCUCCUCUUCAUCACCCGCUGCAGUCACGAUGGAGCUUUCCUGUGAAUCUGUGAGAUGUCCAGAGGAGAGAAGACCCGUCAGUUGCAAGUUUGUGGAACUCCACGUCCUGUACGUACCAGAUGACCAGUGGAAUGUGAAACUCAACAAGGUUCCAGCUGAAGCCAUAGAGAGCUUCAUCUCAGCAGGCUUCAUCAGAGUUUUUCCUGAUGUCACACUGAAAAGUCUAAGGCGUGAACUGGGUUCUUUACUUGGAGCAGACAAGAGCAUCAACAAAUUCUCCUUUUUGAAAUGUGUGGGUCGCAGCCUGGCACUGGUUAAAGGCAAACAGGAGAAGGAUCUGAAAGUAAAAACAUUUGCUCCACCAUAUGCACCUCAGCCUGAGCUCUACCUCCUGCCUGCUGUGGAGACGGGCAGCAGUGUUUGCUCCAGGUCUCUGAGCCCAGACACCAGCAGCAGCUCUCCAGACCAGCCCACGUACUACCACUCUGCCAAGACCUGCAGCCUGCCAACAAGGAUAAAGGAGCCCGUGAAGUUCCCCCUCAUCCCUCAGUCUUCUCAGCCACCACUUCCCACCCCCAGUCUGGAGGAGGAGGAGGAAGAGGAGGAGGAGGAGGAAGAGGAGGAAGAACACAGUUACAGUUCUUUGGAAGGACAUGAAGAAGACGUCUCUUCCAACAGGCCCGAGUGGCCAGAGCAGGAGUGUUGUCAGAGGACGACUCGCAAUCAAAGGACAUCACAGUUAGUUUCCCUCAACAAAGAGUCUCCAGAGAAAGAAGAAAGCAGCAGGAGGAAAAAACCGUACCACAGAAAAGUGACCGGAGACUCGGGUGUAGCCGAAUCUCUAGAAGAUGCAGAAUCAAGUUUCUCCCCGGCUGAUGGACAGAGAAAAUUAAAAGAAGGACCUUCACUCAAACCGACGAGUGAGCCGACGCGGAGUCCAGCUGUGUCGUCUCCACUGGUGCAUUGUGUCUCUCCGCCUCCUCCUGGUCCAGACGUGGCCUUGGUUCCUCAUAAAACUGCUGCUCCUCCGCUCUUUCAGACAAACAGAGAGGAACUGAUCGAGGAGAUAAAGCUGGUGAGGGAGGAGAGAAAGCAACUGGAGUGGACCAGACAAGAGUUGCUGCGGAAGGGGAAGGAUUUACUGGCUCAGAACAGACACAGGAGGAACCAAGCCCGGGACGGUUGGAAAAAGAAGUAUUUUGAAACAAAGAAAGCCACUGCGCCACUGGAGGAAAACCUGAGGAAGUUACGACAAGAGUUGGAGACAUUUUACAACAAACUCCUGCAUCAGCUCCAGGCCCGGGACCACAGAGGGAAGCCGAGAAGACACGGCAGAACGUCCAUCAAGAAUGAGCUCAUCAUCCAGAUUAUGACAGAGAGUCAUGAAAUUGAUGACCUAAAGAGGAAGAUCGAAGAUGCAAAGAUGAAGCUGGUGACGGAGAUAAAGUUGAGGAAACAGGCUGCCACGGAGCUGAGGGCACUGAAGGCUGAACUGGCACAGAAGAAAAGCCAGUGGUGUCUUCUGGGACCUGCAGCGUCUCUUGGCUUUGGACACACGACACGAGUCAGAACAAAAGAUCAAAACACCUCCGUCUAAUUCAGCAAAGUCCCGAGGUCGACCCCAGCUAAGACCUUCUCGUCACCUACUCUUCAAUUUACCAAUUUAUCUUUCAUUUUCUCACAUGACGAUGCUGGAGCUGUCAUAAUAUAUUCAAUUUAAUAGUUUGAAAAAUUAAUUUGAAUAUUUAUCAUAACGCAUUUUAACGCACUAGUUUAGAGUUUCUUUACCAACUCCAUGAAGAUAAAAUUACAAUUUUUCAUAUUAAUAACUCAAUAUCACUAAUAAAAACAGGUGUAAAACACUUCAAUCUACCUGCUGAUAU